AUGGUCCACGUCAAGCCGUUUGCUCUUGAUAACUGGGUUCGCCAGUUCAAAUCUUCUGCUAGCGCAUAUCUUCACGAUACCUGCGUGGAUCCACUAUCUCUAAACGAACUUUCGCAAUUUCAAGCCUCUGACUCGUCAGCCAGUCCCAUCAAUACCUCGAGUGCUAUAUUGUAUGGCGGUGUCACGGGAAGCCCCAGUCUUCGAGACAACAUCCUCUCACUCUAUACCAAAGAUGUGACCGACCCCGCCAAAGAGCUUUCUCUUACCCUCACACAGGGCGCCAUAUCAGCCAACUUCUUGAUCUUGGAUACAAUUCUUGGCCCAGGCGAUCAUGUCGUCUGCCAGUAUCCGAUAUACCAACAACUUUACGAUGUACCCCGCCGCGCUGGUGCAGAGGUUUCGUUAUGGCGCAGCCGCGAGGAAAGAGGAUGGAUCCCUGAUCCAGCUGAGCUCUCGUCACUCGUCCGAGAAAAUACAAAGAUGAUCAUUAUCAACAACCCCAACAAUCCGACCGGUGCAUUGAUCCCUUCCGAAGUCCUUGAAGAGAUUGUUUCCUUUGCCGAAAAGCGAAACAUUAUAAUUCUCAGCGACGAAGUUUUCCGUCCUCUCUUCCACGGUCAAUCUAUUGAGAAUCCUCCUUCGAUCAUCUCCUUUGCCGGGCGGUACAAGCGCAUUAUCGCUACAUCCAGCCUAUCAAAGUCAUACUCAUUGCCCGGCAUCCGAGUUGGUUGGGUUAUUUCCCCUAGCGCGGACCUGGUGCACCAGGUCGUUAUGGCCAGGGACUAUACUAGUAUUUCGGUGUCGCAGAUAGACGGGGAGAUCGCGGCUUACACUCUUGAUGCCCAGGUACGAGAGAGGGUCCUCCAGCGAUCGCUGUCUAUCUGCGAGCGCAACCUGUCUGUUCUGGAGAAGUUUAUUGCGUCGCAUGCAGACCAAUUGCGUUGGGUGAAGCCAAGUGGUGCGUCCGCGGGAUUUGUGCAGGUGGUAGAUCCUGAUAGCGGCGCACCGGUGGAUGAUAAGGUCUACUGUGAGAAGCUUGUUCAGGAAACUGGACUGUUGAUUGUGCCAGGGGGUGCGACCUUUGGCACGGAAGGUGAAAUGGACUUUAAGGGCUAUUUGAGGGUGGGAUUUGUGUGUUCUGCUGAGCGGUUUGAGCAGGCGUUGGCGAUUUGGGACGCAUAUCUGAAUCGGGAUUAA